UAUUGCACCAGACUCCUACACAUUCAUGACAUCAUUGCAAUGGCUACUGACUAAGCCAAUCAUAUAAAUCUAAUAGAACACUGUUGUACCACUCAAUAAUGUGACAUACAGGCAUAUUCUCUAACUCUAUCUACAUCAUACAAGUAAUUUCUAGCAGUCAAACUUUAUAAGCAACCAAAAGGAGUUAGUCAUUCCUUUCAAGCACAGUUGCUACUAAGUACAGUACGCAACAAGAGGAGAGAUUUGGAUACUAACACACAAAGUGUUGAGAAGGAUAAACGUGGUUGAGCAAUGAAGAUAGGACUAUGUUUCCUGGUGAUUGGAGUCCUUGUGCUAGCCAUAGAGGCAGUGCCCGCACCAAACAGACAGAAACGUGGAUUCAGGUCAGGCGCAGGUACACGAUUCAGUCACGGCUAUGGCAAACGUAAUGAUGGCUUCCCAUAUGAUUAUAAUACCAAAAAUAGCAAACAUAUUUUUACAACAGAUGAACUGGCUCAACUGUUAACUAAAAGUGAUGAAUUAGCAAAGGCCUUUGUGGAAACAUAUAUAGACACCAAUG